AUGGUCCAGCCCAGCCACGUCUUCAACAUGCCCCACGACAACGUGAAGGCAUGUGAGGAGGUAUUUGGGAAACUAAAGGACAACCACAUGAUGUCUCCCACACUGAUUCAGAUCGACAGGAGCCGUCCCUGGUCCGUGUGCAGCGCCGCUAUCAUUACCGAGUUCCUGGACAGAGGUCAUGGAGACUGUCUGCUGGACCAGCCUCAAAAGCUGCUGUCUCUCUCAGACAACCUGCCCGGUUCCAGCUACAGCCUGCACCGCCAGUGUGAGUUGGCCUUCGGCCCCGGCUCCAAGCCCUGCCCGUACAUGCAGCCCUGCUCCAAGCUGUGGUGCACCGGGAAGGCCCGCGGCCAGCUGGUCUGCCAAACCCGACACUUCCCCUGGGCGGACGGCACUGGCUGCGGCAACGGCAGGGUCUGCUACCGAGGAGCCUGCACGGAUAAGAACAACACCAUGCACAUCAAGGUGGAUGGCCGUUGGGGGAAGUGGGGAGCAUUCGGAGGUUGUUCCCGGAGCUGUGGUGGAGGAGUUCAGCUGGCCAAGAGGGAGUGUGACAACCCCGUUCCUGAGAAUGGAGGCAAAUACUGCUACGGCCUUCGCAUCAAAUAUCGCUCCUGUAACCUCAACACUUGUCCUGAAACAGGUAAGAGUUUCCGCGAGGAGCAGUGUGAAGCGUUCAAUGGUUUGAACCUGAACACCAACAGACUGGGUUCCACUGUGGUUUGGGUUCCAAAAUAUUCGGGCAUCUCUCCCAAGGACAAAUGCAAGCUUAUCUGCCGCGCCAACGGGACUGGGUACUUCUACGUCCUCGCUCCAAAGGUGGUGGACGGGACGCCCUGCUCUCCUGACACCUCGGCUGUAUGCGUUCAAGGAAAAUGCAUCAAGGCGGGCUGCGAUGGCAAGCUAGACUCAAGCAGGAAGUUUGACAAGUGCGGCGUGUGUGGCGGCACCAACCAGGGCUGCAAGAAGGUCUCGGGAAUGUUCACCAAACCUGUUCACGGCUACAACUUCGUGGCGAUGCUGCCCGUCGGAGCUUCCAACAUCGACGUCCGUCAGCGCGGCUACCGAGGGAUGGUCAACGAUGAGAACUACUUAGCGGUGAAGAACCGCCACGGCAAGUACCUGCUGAACGGCAACUACGUGGUGUCGGCUGUGGAGCGCGACCUGCUGGUGAAGGGCAGCUUGAUGCGCUACAGCGGCACCUCCACAUCCGUUGAGAUUCUUCAGUCCACCCGACCGCUGCAGGAGCCUCUGACUGUCGAGGUGCUGUCUGUGGGGAAGAUGACUCCUCCCAGGGUGCGCUACUCCUUCUACAUCGCCAAGGAGAGCAAGGAGGAAAAGACUCUGCGGAAAGAGGAUAAAAGCCACGCGGCGCACAACAGCGUCCUGGCGGACAGCAACAGGGUGGAGGCCAAGAAGCAGAUGAUGAGUAAGAGGCCGGUCAGUCACUGGGUGACAGGAAGUUGGGACUCGUGCACAGUGACUUGCGGGAACGGUCUGCAGAAGAGAGCGGUGCACUGCCAGAGCACGGAGGGGCGUCCGGCGGUGGACUGUGACGGCACUGACAGGCCUGUAGCGGUGAGAACGUGUGGGGAUUCGUGCCCCAUGUGGGACGUCGGGACCUGGUCUCACUGCUCCAAGUCAUGUGGAAGGGGCUUCAAAAGGCGUCCGGUGCGCUGCUUGACAGAGAACGGCCUGAAUCUACCCAGAGACCACUGCUCUGGGAGGAGGAAGCCUCAGGAGCUGGACCUCUGCAAUCUGAAGCCAUGUUAAAGCAGACACAGACACCAGCCCAGGGACGUAUUUUUGUCAAAUUGACGAUUUGACUCGAACCUUCACGCCCGAAUCUGCGUGAUAAUGAUCCCAUGGCUGCGUUGGUUGGAAACACUCUCCAAUGCUGCCUGAAGGGGCAUCUGCUACACCGAAGAAAUCCAACGGAGACGGAGAGGGUCUCCCUCCAUUGUUUAAAAAAGACAGACAUCUGUUUAGAUAGGAGAGCUGUCUUCUUGUAAACUGUCAAACCAUCUGCCUCAGGUUUGACUCACCGUUGGUCUACCUCUACCAGGACAGAUGCCUGAGCAUGUACAGAGAGUCACGGCGGAGGGAAGAUGCAGAGACAGUGACCACACACGUCUGCAAACAAACGUGGUUUAUUGGUAUCGUUACUCGCAUGGGAAGACCUUGCAAAAGCAAAAGAGAACUGAAAGUGCAGGACAACAACAGACGAAGCGUGGUGAGGUAUAACCUCAGAAUCCCACCUGUGAAUUGAUAUUUUUCACUGAAAAACUUCUCAAAAUGUGAAACACAGUACUGUAUCACUCAAGCAACAUCCACGACCUGAUGGGUCCAUGCAGUUUCUACAUCGUUUUGUUGUUUUAUUUGUUCUUGAUUCAGUGCUAUUGGUGGUUUCUGGUACAGAAUAAUUUAGGGCUGCAAACAACUAAUUGCAAAUUUUGUCGUUGAUCAGUUGGAUCUAUGUAACGAUCCACGCCUUGGUAAUGUCUCCGUGGGGCAGUCAACCAGCCGCUGUUUUUUACAAUAUUCAAACAUAAUUGUCUGUUCUGUGUAAAAAAACAAAACCGACCAACGCUGAGCUGUUUGUUCUCUGUUGCCAAAGAAUUAUAACUUUUAAAAAGCCUUAGUAUGGUGAGAGACACCUCUCUGAGCCGCUUUCUGUAAAUCACUGUCUUCUUUGAGAACAAUUCUGAAACCAAAAGGGGAAAAAUUCAUAUUUGAUAUUGUU